UGGCGCGAAAAAAUAAUAAGAACGCUCUAAUUUUAGUAGUUGUCACAGAAAAAGUGGAAAACAGAUAAUAAGUGUAUAUGUUAAAAACAACAUCUGCUGAAGUUGCAGAAAAACAAAGUUAAAAAAUUAAUUGCACAGAAUAAACUAAAAAAAUUGCUUGCGAUAACAACAAUUAAUUUUUUAAUAUAUUACAAGUAAACAAAAAUGGUUCUAAAUCAAACUGAACAAACAAGUGUGCCAAUAGUCAAAUGGAUUGGAGCUCAUGAUCCGCAAGUGAGCGUAACGCAUUUACUACAUAAGAACGUUUUUUUCUAUUCCAAGUGUAUUAUUGGCCCUUUAACUUUGAGCGUCGGAGAUUUCGUUUUGGUUUCGAAUGCUGAUGCAUCGGAUCCCGAUACUGUAGAUGGUUGUGACAUUGCAAAGAUAUUGCAUCUGUACGAAUUGAGAGAAAUGUCCAAUCGCGAUCCCUGCCGCGCAAUUGUUCAAUGGUAUUCCCGACCGGAGUGUAUUCCUCAUAAACAUUUUGACAACGACGAUAUCUGUGUUGAUUUUGGUUCUGAGUUAAUUGAAGAGCAUCGUCCUUACGAUUCUGAUAUAUCAUUAGAAACCGUUUUUCGUAAAUGCAGUGUUAUUUGUGGCCCAACCGAAACAUCUGCAGCUGGAUUACUGGAAAAUUUUAAUAUAAAAACCAAAAGCUGCCCAAUGUUCGUGUGUCGGUAUAAAUUUAUAAAAGUAAAGAACUCGUACCGUUUGGUCCCCUUGCAAUUUGCCAAUGAAGAAUUAUCGUCAGGACGAGGUCAAAGAAAGUCCACUGCUGAAUCAAAUAAUGUUGAAACAAAAUCUGAACCAUUAAAAAAAUCGAGACGUGCAUCGGUGGUAGCUAGUGGGGAUUUGUCUUCCCGAAAGCGAAGAAUAUCAAUAAGCACAGAAAAUACUAUGGAAUUUGUUGAUUUAAAUUACUUUAAUGCUGAAAAUAAAGUAUCACCCAUAAAAAUCGUAGGUGGUCGCAGUGUUGUUCGUUUGUCCGCUAAAAAGAAAAGUACCAGUGGUACACCCAGAGUGAGUGAUGACCUCAAUGCAAACUAUUUGCCGGCUUCGCCAUUGGCAGAACAAAAUGUUAAAGUAACACCACGAUCAAGAGCAGCAGCUGCUAAAAGAAAUCUUAACUUAAGUUUAGACAACGGUGGAGCGGAUACCACCGCAGAUUCGGAUUGUCUCAACUAUUCAAUUGUUAAAGGAACUCCGGAUCCACAGCAGCCGCCAAACGAUAUGAAAAUUAAACUGAGAUUGUCAGAAAGACGUCGUUCCUCACGACUUGCUUCGUUUGAAGAAGAUCCACUGGCAUUAGGAGAGCAUGAGCGACAUAUUUCACCCUCCAAGGGUCAUAUUCAAAACGAUAUUUAUCAUACUCCAACGAAAAAAAAUAAGGAAUCAUCUGAAAGUACUCCCUCGAAUCGCAGAAAAAGUAUAUUAAAAUCGGCAACGUCAAGAAUGGCCGAAGGUACUCCAAAAAGAAGCAUUCAGUUAUCAAGUAUUGUGGAGCAACGGAUAUUUAAAGACGAUGAAAUCAUUAGCACUCCAAAACGUACUAAAGCAAGGAAAUCCAUAAUAGCUUCUACUGAUGUUGGAGCUGAGAAAGAUACGCUUGAAACGAAAAAAAGUACACAAAAAACGCCUACUAAAGGUAGAAGAAGUAUUACAAAGUCUACACAUGAGGAAACACCUGGCACUCCUCGCACACCAUCACAAAAACUUAAAAUGAUACGUUCGGGUGAAAUUAAACCUACAAUUGAAUUUCGCAGUAGUUUAACUGUAGGAGAUACUGAAAAAACGGAACUGCAAAUAGCUCGCGAACGUUUACAUGUCUCUGUUGUGCCAAAGUCCCUGCCUUGCCGUGAAAAGGAGUUUGAAAAUAUUUACACAUUCUUGGAAGGCAAAAUUCAAGAUCAAUGCGGUGGUUGUAUGUACGUAUCAGGCGUACCAGGAACUGGCAAAACUGCCACAGUUACAGGCGUAAUACGAAAUUUGCAGAAAAAAGUUUCUGAAGAUGAUUUGCCACCUUUUGAUUUUUUAGAAAUCAAUGGAAUGCGUUUAACCGAACCUCGCCAAGCCUAUGUUCAUAUAUAUAGACAAUUGACAGGCAAAACAUUGUCUUGGGAACAUGCACAUACAUUGUUAGAAAAGCGUUUCACUACUCCAGCGCCUAGGAGAGUAACUACAGUGUUAUUGGUAGAUGAACUAGAUAUUUUAUGCAAUAGAAGACAAGAUGUCGUUUAUAAUCUCCUUGAUUGGCCUACAAAAUCUGCAGCUCGUUUAGUUGUAGUAACUAUUGCCAAUACUAUGGAUUUGCCAGAGCGUUUGUUAAUGGGUAAAGUCACCUCUCGUUUGGGUUUAACUCGGUUAACCUUUCAACCUUAUACCCAUAAGCAGUUACAAGAAAUUGUGACUGGACGUUUAAGUGGAUCGGAAGCGUUUAAAGGUGAUGCAGUACAGUUAGUUGCACGAAAAGUUGCUGCAGUGUCGGGAGAUGCUCGCCGCGCAUUAGAUAUUUGUCGACGAGCUACUGAAAUAGCAGACGCUGCCGCAUCGAAAGCAGGACCAAAUGGAGUGCAAUGUGUUAACAUGUUACAUGUUCAACAAGCCUUAGCUGAGAUGAUAGCAAGUGCAAAGGUACAGGCUAUAAAAAACUGCUCGCGUUUAGAACAAAUUUUUUUGCAGGCUGUUGUUGCUGAAGUAAAUCGCACUGGAGUAGAAGAAACUUCAUUUAGUGGCGUUUAUUCACAAAUCGAAACUAUAGCUGCAUUUAUGGGAGCCUCAAUACCAACACCAGGUCGUGCUUUACAAAUUUGCUCAAAGUUGGGUGCCGAGCGACUUAUAAUAUCUGAACAUUCACGUAAUGAUAUAUUCCAAAAGAUAUUACUUAAUGUUAGCAUGGAUGAUAUUCACUAUGCCUUAAAAGUGAAUAAUUAAAUGCUGCAGUAUUAAAAAAGUUGUUAAUUAUUUAUUUUACAUUUAUUUAACACAGCUAUAUGCUCAUAAUAAUUUAAUUUGUUUAUCUCAAAAUUAUUCU